AUGGCUACUGAACAAGAGGCUAUGGCUUUAAUGGGAAGCAUUGAUGUUCCAAAUGGACAAUGGGUAGUAUAUGAAGUUAAGAAUAAACAACUUGUUUUCAGAACUUCUGGAAAUGGAGUUGAUUCACUUCGUGAUGAGCUUAAGGAUGAUGAAGCAUGUUUUGCUCUUAUUAAUCUUAGAUGUACUCUUGAAGGUAUUCCAGAUCAAGCAAGAGGUAUUUUCAUUGAUUGGAAAGGACCAAAAUGUAAAGGAAUUGCUAAAGUUAGAGUUAGAGAAUUUAAAGAUCAAGCACUUGAAGUAUUAAUGCCACAUCAUGGUGAAUUAGAAGCUGUUGGAAAAACUGAAUUUACUGAAGAUAUUAUUCUUAAGAGAUGGGCUAUGAACUCUGGUUCUCACGUUAUCAACUAAAUUAUUUUUCAUUAAUGUU